AUGGAGGAACUGAUCUGGGAAUUCAGCAAACUUCUCUGUGGAUCAGGUAGUGAGAGCAUUAUAAAGCACUUACUCUCUGAUCCUAUAUGUAAUGUCACAAAAGUGACAGGUGCCCUAAGAAAUUGUAGUACUGAAGUGUGGAAUUCAAAGAGAGAGUCUUACCAGUUUGCUAAUUACAGUGGAGGAGAACAGAAGUAUACCUGUAACUUAAGCUGCUCUACUCAGUCGUACUCAAAACAGACCAGCAUGCCUGGUGCAGACAGAAGAGGUGUACAAGAGAAGCAACUUUUGAACCACACGGCUGACAAGGAGCAAAGACCGUUACCUGGGAGAGGCAACCAUGCUGGAAACCUGUCUCAGUCUGAGAAGAAACUCCAAGAGGCUAUUUGUGUGCUGCUGGUGGAGCUGUGCGAGCGAUUCACGUUCUUUGGCAUCGUCUGCAACAUGAUCCUCUUCUGCACUGUCAAACUCGGCUAUCGCAACUACCAGGCGGCCAUUGUCAAUAUGUGCUUUGUAGGCACCUCCAUGUUGACGCCGGUAUUGGUUGGCUGGCUUGCCGAAUGCCUUGUGGGGAGGAUCAAGCUUGUGUGCAUCUGCAUGUUUCUACACUUCCUAGGCACAGCACUAUUACCUGUUGUGGCAUUCCCCUUUGAAGAUAUUUACGUUGACAGACGGCAUAUUCUUCAUACACUAACCAAAAGGGAGCAGAAAAUAGUGUUCUACUUUGCACUGCUCACAGCCAGUCUGGGAAUAGGAGGCAUAAGAGCUAUAGUUUGUCCAUUAAGUGCAUACAACCUUGAGGACUGUGGACCAAAGGAACUUCUUUCUUUUUUCAACUGGUUUUACUGGCUGGUUAACUUAAAUUCAGCAGUUGUCUUUGUCAGCAUUUCUUAUAUCCAGAAGUCUGUUGCCAGGAACCUUGGUUUUCUUAUCCCAUUUGUGUCCGUGCUUAUGGCUAUGAUCACAAUUCACAUGGUGCGGGGUGAAAUGAUUUACAAACCCAAAACAGGUGGUUCCCUGCUGACGACUUUUGGGGUAAUUGCUAGUGCACUGAAAACGUGCUGCGUGCGGUAUCGCUACUUUAGCGGGGGCAUGACAAACUGGAUAGAUCAUGCCAAGGAAAACUAUGGUGGUCAGUACAGUGAGACUCAGGUGGAAAGCACAAAGUCACUUGCCAGGCUCUUCCCAUUGUUUGCUUUCCAAAUUCUAUACAGAACAUGUAUUAUGCAGAUUCCUUCAGGAUAUUAUCUGCAAACCAUGAAUUCCAACUUGCACUUCAGUGGAUUUGUCUUGCCGGUUGCAGCAAUGAAUGUGAUAAGCAUUGUGCCACUACUGAUUCUUGUUCCUAUUCUGGAAUGCAUUAACUCAUGUCUCUUUAGUUCCAAGGACACUGGGCAUUCUCCAACAAUUUACAUUGUUGUAGGUCAGUUAUCUGCUGCGCUUUCUGUGAUGGUUGCUGGCUUCUCUGAAAUACACCGAAAGCAUUUCCCUCAGGUGGAGCAGACUCUUUCCGAGGAGGUUCUCCUGGUCUCCUCCAUGCCUUGCUUCCACUUAGCUCCUCAGUACAUCCUACUUGGAGUGGCUGAAGCCUUAGUAACUCCCUCCUGUUCCUUACUUUCAUUUCGGCUUGUGCCAGAAAGAAUUAGAGGGAUAUCCAUGCAUUUUUUAACUCUCUUUAAUGGAGCUGGCUGCUUUAUGGGAGCUUUUUUUGUUCAGACAGCCCACGCAGGCACUCAAGGCAACUGGUUUCCACACUUGCUGCAUGAAGGUAAAUUGGAGAGAUUCUUCUUCUUCUUGGCUUCUUUAAUGAUGGUGAACACCCUGGGGUUCUGGACCAUUGCGCACAG